GCAAUUAAGUAGUCCUUAUUUUAAAAUAAUUGUCCAUUUAAUGAUCAACUGUUAUAUGUCAGGUUCUGUGCUAGGUACUGUAGACAGUGUGCAAGACAGUUUCCUGCCUUCUGUGAGCUUAAUUAGAAACAAUUCUUGAAUUAGAGCUGUCUUAAUUGUUUCAAGGGAGAAGUGCAGAAGUACUGUGAAAGUGUCUUAUGAGAAAAUUUAGUAUGGAAGACUGAGGAAAUGACAUUUUGCUGAGACCUGAAGGAUGAGCAGCACCUAGCCAGGAGAAGAAAGUGCCCUAAGAGGGUUGCAAGGGAGAGUGGCGCAUAUUACUCUGUCUCCCUCAAACCCCCUCAUUCUCGCAAGGAUUGGUCAGUAGAGAAUUGCUGAGCAGAGUGAUCCUAGCUGUGUAUUGGCAUUCUCAAAGCCCAGUGUAACGAGAUAAAUGUGGGCUGCUGGGCCAACCAUAGCCAGAACCAUAAAGCAGACAAUAAAUGUGUUUUCGCAUAUUUUGUCUUAUAUAAUUUUUACCAGUCCUAUGAGGCAGUUUUGCAAAUGAGGAAAUUGAGGCUUAUGUAAGUUACCCAAGUCACAAGGCUAAUAAAUUGUAGAGCUGAAGUUCAUAAAAGAGAAAGUCCUGGCUCUUUCCACCAUCAUUAUGGCUUCUGCCACCUCACCUUUGAUGCCUGCCUCACUCCCAUCCCCUCAGUCUUCAUGCCCUUUAUCUGUGUAGCCGCCCCCCCGUCUCUGCCUAACAGACAUGUUUCUUCCUAGAGGGUACUUCCUGUGUGGCAGUGUCUUGUGUUACAGGAAGAUGGUCCAUAGCCUUGUCUACUGUGCUGAUAUGUGAGCUUUUUCGGGGUGGCAGGGCCCACCCACAGCCUUUGUACAAGGUGUAGAAGAUUGGUUACCUGAGCCAGACUGCAGCAGGCCACUACAUAAGACUGCUGUCAGCCUAGGAAUUUUAAGAAAUCCCUCCAGGUUCUAUUUUUUUUAACUCCUUCCUCCUCAACAUUUUAUUAUGAAAAAUUUCAAAGUGCAAAGUUAAAAAGAUUUUACAUCAGGAACAAGGCAAGGAUGCCCACCCUUGCCACUUUUAUUCAAUGUUAGUAUUAGAAGUCCUAGCUAGAGCAAUUAGGCAAGAAAAAGAAAUAAAAGGAACCCAGAUUCAAAGGGAAGAAGUAAAACUGUUACUAUUUUAGAAGACAUGAUAUUAUACAUAGAAAAUCCUAAAGACUCCAUCAAAAGACUGUUAGAACUAAUAAAUUCAGUAAUGUUACAUGAUGCAAAAUCAAUACACAAAAAUCUGCUGUGUUUUUAUACACUAAUAAUGAACUAUCAGCAAGAAAAAUUAAGGAAAAAGUCCCAUUUACAAUUGCAUCAAAAAGAAUAAAAUACCUAGAAAUAAAUUUAACCACGGUUAAAUAUCUGUAUACUGAAAACUACAUAAUAUUAAGGAAAGAAAUUGAAGAAGGCACAAAUAAAUGGAAAAUAAUCCAUUCUGUGCUCAUGGAUUGGAACAAUUAAUAUUGUUAAAAUGUCCAAAUGUCAAUACUGCCCAAGGCAAUCUACAGAUUCAAUACAAUCCCUGUCAAAAUUGCAAUGGCAUUUUUCACAGAAAUAGAACAGACAAUCCCAAAAUUUAUAUGGAACCACAAAAGACCCUGAAUAGCCAAAGCAAUCUUGACAAAGAAGAACAAAGCUGGAGGCAUCACACUCCUUGAUUUCAAACUCUAUUACAAAGCUACAGUAAUUAAAACAGUAUGGUAUUGGCAUAAAAACAGAUCAAUGGAACAGAAUAGAGAGCCCAGAAGUAAACCCAUGCAUAUAUGGUCAUUAAUUCAUGACAAAGGAGCCAAGAAUAUACCAUGGGAAAAGGACAGUGUCUUUGAUAGAUGAUGUUGGAAAAAUUGGACAACCACGUGCAAAAUAAUGAAACUGGAACACUACCUUACACCAUACACAAAAAUUAACUCAAAAUGGAUUAAAGACUUAACAUAAGACCUCAAAACCAUAAAACUCCUUGAAGGAAACACAGGUGGUAAGCUUCUUGACAUAAGUCUCAGCAAUGAUUUUUUGAAUCUGAUAGCAAAAGCAAAAAUAAACAAGUGGGACUAUAUCAAACUAAAAGGCUUCUGCACAGCAAAGGAAACCAUCCCCAAAAUAAAAAAGGCAGCCUACUGAAUGGGAGAAAAUAUUUGCAAAUCAUAUCUGAUAAGGGGUCAGAUAUAUAUAUCCAAAAUAUAUGAAGAGCUCAAUAACAAAAAAAAAAACCAAUCAUUAAAAAAUGGGCAGAGUAUCUGAAUAGGCAUUUUUCCAAAGAAGACAUACAGAUGGACAACAGGUACAUGAAAAGAUGCUUGAUAUCACUAAUCAUAAGGGAAAUGCAAAUCAAAACCACAUGAGAUCUCACCUCACGCCUGUUGGAAUGGCUGUUAUCAAAAAGACGAGAAAUAACAAGUCUUGGUGAGGAUGUGGAGAAAAGGGAACUCUCUGCCUUGUUGAUGGGAAUGUGAAUUGGUGCAGCCACUGUAGAAACAGUAUGGAGGCUCCUCAAAAAAUUAAAAACGGAACUACCAUAUGAUCCAGCAAUUCCACUUCUGGGUAUUUAGCCAAGAAAAUGAAAACUCUAACUUGAAAAGAUAUAUGCAGCACUAUUUACAAUAGCCAAGAUAUGGAGACAACCUAAGUGUCCAUCAAUGGAUGAAUGAAUAAAGAAAUUGUGGAAUAUAUACACGAUAGAAUACUAUUCAACCAUAAGAAAUAAUGAAGUCUUGCCAUUUGCAACAAUGGGUGGAUGGACCACAAGGGCAUUAUGCUAAGUAAAAUAAGUCAGAUAAAGACAAAUACCAUAUGAUCUCCCUUAUAUGUGGAAGCUCACAGAUAACAGCGAACAGAUUGGUGGUGGUUGCCAGCAACAGAGAGUGGGGCGUGGGAGAAAUGGGUGAAGGGGGUCCACAGGCAAAUAAAUAAUGCAAUGUGGUAUCCUGGACUGGAUCUUGGAACAGAAAAAGGACAUUAGUAGAAAAACUAAAAAAAGUAGAGAGUUUAGUUAAUAGUAAUGUACCAUUGUUGGUUUCUCAGUUUUGACAAAUGUACUAUUAGGAGAAACUGGGUGAGGAGUAUAUAAUACCCUCUACACCCUUCUACAAUAAAAAUGUAGAAGCAAAAAAACCUAAAAAUUAAAAAGAUUUUACAGUGAACUCUCGUAUAUCUACCAUCUAUAUCAUUUUACACUGCUUGCUUUAUCACAUAACUGUUCAUCUCCUUAUCCCUCUCUCCAUCCACCAUUCUAUCUGCAAAGUAAAUUCCAGAUACCAGUACACUUUCUUCUAAAUAUUUCAGCAUGUAUACUACUAACUAGAGUUCAAUAUGUUUACUUAUUUUUCUUUUGAUGUAAAAUAUACCUGUAAUUCUUAAGAAUAGAUUUGCUGAGUAUUGACAGAUGCUUAUGCCUGUGUAACCCUAACCUCCACUGAGCUGAUAGAACAUCAUGAUCACUACAGCAAGUUCCCUCCUGCCCCAUCCCACUCAAUCCUCACCCUGUCCCUGGGCAACCAGUGUUCCUUUUCCAACAUAGAUUAAUUUGUUCUAGAACUUCUUAUAAAUGGAAUUAUACAGUAUGUAUUCUUUUGUAUAACGCUUCUUUUACUCAGCAUAAUGUUUUUGUGACUCACCCACUUUGUCGUGUGUAUUAGUAGUUCAUUGCUUUUUAUUGCUGAGUAGUAUUCCACUGUAUGAAUAUACCACAGUUUUAUCCCAUUCUCCUAUUGAUGGAUAACUGUUUCCAGUUUGGGGCUGUCAUGAAUAAAGCUUCUGUGAACAUUGUACAAGUCUUUUGGGACAUGUAUAUUCAUUUCUCUUGGGAUUAGAACUGCUUGAUCAUAGUGUAGAUGUAUGUUUAGUUUUGUAAGAAACUGCCAGAACUUUUCUCAAAGUGAUUGUACCAUUUUACACUCCCACCACCAGUGCAUGAGAAUUCCAGUUGCUUCAUGUCUUCAGGUAUUUAGUGGGAUCAGCCUUUUUAAUUUUGGAUGUUCUGGUGGGUGUGUGGUGGUGUUUCAUUGUGGUCCCUCGGGAUUUUUAUUCUUCAUUUCAGUUUGGGGAAAAUGAAUGGAAGGAAAGAAGGGAAGAAGGAUGAGGAAAAUAGUUCUGUUUUGAGAUUGUGUACCUUAUAUACUUCAUAGCACUGAUGUAGAAAUUCUCCAAAUUCUCAUCCUUUUCACAUCUUCGUAUUAUUUUUAGAUAGUGCAUUUUUCUUUUUAUAUUCUUCAGAUUUCUUCUUUUGUUCAUAAUUACUUUAAAUAUGUUUAUUUUCUAAGGGUAUUCAGUUAUUUAAUUACCUGAAGUUCUUUGGUGGCUGAUGCUGCUUUUUGUUGUAUCUGCUGGAUCUGGCUCAUGGUGAACUUUUUCUUUUGUGUUUUAUAAUUUUGGAAAGGGAGCUCGUGUGAAGUUAGGCUCUAUUUGUGGGAAUCCUGUCUGGUCUGGCUUGAAAGUGUUUUGUUUGCUUUAGCCUUGUAACCCACGGAUGUCAUCAGCCUGUGACCACUUUCUAUAUAAAAGUUCUUAGUUUGGGGGAUCCUGGCCAUAAGAGGAGUGUAAAUUCAAAGCCCAGAUCUAUUUGAAGACAGGCCCAAGGUUAUGAAUUCACAUGGAGACUUCUUUUUAUACCCCAUGCCCAGGCUAAGACCAUCAAGUUUCUUUGUUAGUGGACUGCUUUUCUUCUAGUCCAUCCUUUAGUUGAGGGGUAGGGUAACAGAUUGAGGAGUGCCAUCUUAACGGAAGAGUCUUUGUUCCAACCCUCUUUUCUUGCAUGCCCUGACCUCAACUCCUGUCCUUGGCUGGGUUUUAAACCUGGACCUUUGGAUGUCGAGGUUGGCAGUGCCCUUCAGGGCCACUGUCUUAGUCAGUUUGGCUGCUAUAACAAAUUACCAUAGAUGGGGUGGCUUAAACAAUGGACAUUUAUUUCUCACAGUCUGUAGACUAGAGUUCCAAGAUCAAGGCCCCGGCAGAUCCAGUGCCUGGUGAGGGCCCACUUCCUGGUUUGCAGAUGGCCAUCCUCUCAUUGUUCCUCACAUAGUGGAGAGAGAGAGAGAGAGAAAGUUCUCUCAUGUCUUUUAUAACUAAUCUUGUUGCUGAGGUCUCCACCUUCAUGACCUAAUUGCCUCCUAAAGGCCCUACCUCCUAACACCACAUUGGAGUUAGAGCUUCAACAUACGAGUCUUGGGUUGGACACAAACAUUCAUUCAUAGCAGCCACCCUGUGGUUGCUGCCUCAUGGCUAGUACCCUGUCUGUUUCAGUCCCUGGAGUUAUUUUCCUUUAGACUGAGCCUAGCUAUGCAAUUGAAUGGAUGUUUGCACUAUGUUGUCCAACAUAUACAGUCAUGCGCCACAUCACAACAUUUCGGUCAGUGACGGACCGCAUAUAUGAUGGUGGUCCCAUAAGAUUAGUACCACAUAGCCCAGGUAUGCAGUAGGCUGUACCAUCUAGGUUUGUGUAAGUACACUCUAUGAUGUUCACACAACGACGCCUAACAACGUGUUUCUCAGAAUGUAUCCCUAUUGUUAAGUGACAUGAUUGUGUAGGUCCUUUGUAGCCAGAGGGUUUUUAAAACUUUUUUGUCCUCUGUGUUGCCAGAAAUGAAAGUCUAAGGAAUAAAACUUGUGGUGUUCUGUGAUUCUUGGCAAUAUGAAAAACAGUUCAUCUUAGAGAUUAUAAAUCUUUCCUCGGAAAAUAAAGGCACACCAAGCAUAUGGUGGAACUUUAUGUAAGUUUUUUGAAUAAUGACUCUUUUGCACUGAGAUGUCCUCUUGUUUUCUUUACAGGGCACAGCUCCGAGGGAAAAAAAAGUGGUGUAUUUUUGGGCAUUCUGAGCAUUCAGAAGAAAACCAGACAUGUCCUUGGAUGACAUUAAGAUGAAAUCUAGUGACUUCCUGGAGAAGGAGUAUCUAGACAGUGGGGGCUUCGGAAAGGUGUCUUUGUGUUUGCACAGGUCCCAUGGACUCGUCAUACUGAAAAAGGUGUACACAGGGCCCAAGCGCACCGAGUACAACGAGUCCCUCCUUGAGGAGGGCAAGAUGAUGCACAGGCUGAGACAUAACCGAGUGGUGAAGCUCCUGGGCAUCAUCAUAGAAGAAGGAAACUACUCUCUCGUGAUGGAGUACAUGGAGAAGGGCAACCUGAUGCGUGUGCUGAAAGCUGAGAUCAGUAUCCCUCUUUCUGUGAAAGGAAGGAUAAUUAUGGAGACCAUUGAAGGAAUGUGCUACUUACAUGGAGAAGGUGUAAUACACAAGGACCUGAAGCCUGAAAAUAUCCUCGUUGAUGAUGACUUUCACAUUAAGAUAGCUGAUCUUGGCGUUGCUUCCUUUAAGACGUGGAGUAAACUGACUAAAGAGGAACACAAUGAGCAGAGGAAAGUGAACAGGACCUCUAAGAAAAAUGGCGGCACCCUCUGCUACAUGGCCCCUGAGCAUCUGAACGAUGUCAACGCAAAGCCCUCAGAGAAGUCAGAUGUGUACAGCUUUGCCAUAGUACUUUGGGCAAUAUUUGCAAAUAAGGAGCCAUACGAAAAUGCUAUCUGUGAGCAGCAGUUGAUCAUGUGCAUUAAAUCUGGGAACAGGCCGGAUGUGGAGGACAUCAUUGAGUACUGCCCGAAGGAGAUUAUCAGCCUCAUGAAGCAGUGCUGGGAGGCGAAUCCAGAAGUUCGGCCAACAUUUGUUGGCAUUGAAGAAAACUUUAGGCCUUUUUAUGUAAAUCAAUUAGAAGAAAAUGUGGAAGAUGAUGUGAAGAGUUUAAAGAAAGAGUAUCCAGGCCAGAGUGCAAUUGUGAAGAGAAUGCAGUCUCUCCAAAUUGAUUGUGUAGCAAUACCUCCAAGCAGGUCAAAUUCAGCCACAGAACAGCCCAGUUCGCUGCACAGUUCACAGGGACUCGGGAUGGGUCCUGUGGAGGAGUCCUGGUUUGCUCCUUCCUCAGAGCACCAGCAGGAGGAGAAUGAGCUCAUCCUGCAGAGUAAACUCCAGGAGGAAGCCAACUACCAUCUUUUUGGCAGCCGCAUGGACAAGCAGACAAAACAGCAACCCAGACAGAAUAUGGCUUACAACAGAGAGGAGGAAAGGAGGCGAAGGGUCUCCCAUGACCCUUUUGCACAGCAGAGACCUUAUGAUAAUGUUCAGAACUCAGGGAUUAAAGGCCUUGCUUAUUCUGGUGCAAACAGUUAUGGUAAUGCAGUACACCAACCAGCUGGGCUAACCAGCCAACCCCACGUACCAUACUGGAACAAUGGAUCAUAUAGUCCACAUGGUUUGGGAACAAGACCAUUGGAUCUGGGAACAGCAGGUCAAAGAGUUUGGUAUGUGCCAAAUCCAAGCCAUAUGUCAAGCGUGCAUAAAACUCCAGUGCCUGAGACCAACCUACUGGGAAACACACCCACCAUUCCAUUCAUCUCCUUCCCAUCAAGAGAUGAGUCUGCAAAAUGUACCAUAUACAACAGCACUGGCAUUCAGAUUGGAGACAAUAAUUAUAUGGAGAUUGGCGGAAUGAGUUCCCAACUACUGGACAGCACAUACAUGAACUUGAAGGAAGAGCCAGCUUCUAAGUACCAAGAUAUCUUUGAUAAUACCACUAGUCUGACUGAUAAACACCUGGACCCAGUCAGGGAAAAUCUGGGAAAGCACUGGAAAAACUGUGCCCGUAAACUGAACUUCACUGAAUCUCAGAUUGAUGAAAUUGACCAUGACUAUGAGCGAGAUGGACUAAAAGAAAAAGUUUACCAGAUGCUCCAAAAGUGGCUGAUGAGGGAGGGCAAUAAGGGGGCCACAGUGGGAAAGCUGGCCUGCGCGCUCUACCAGUGUUCAAGAAUAGACCUUCUGAACCGUUUGAUACACAUCAGCCAGAACUGACUCUGGAGGGGGCUUUGGCAUCAUGAAGUCAUCUCCUCACUUAGUGAGUAAUCCCCUGAAAGUGUACUGCCUCAGACCCUUCAGAAUUCUUUCCUCACUGAUAUUGGUUCUGUGUCUGCAUAAAAAUUAUUCCCUGCAUUUCAUAGUGGGAGAACAGGAAAAGAAAUCUAUAGCAAACAACCUGCUAAACAGGAAGACCUAUUAAUGGCUGAGGCCCAAUCAAAAAAGAAGCCUAAUUGGGUUUUGAAAGGAUGAGAAGAGAUAUUUAAGGAAGAUCAUUUUCUUUCAGUUCAUUCCAUAACCUUCAAUUAUGCUAUUCAUUCAGUUUCCUGGAAUUUUAUUUGAGUGAGAAAAAAAAAAAUUCAGAGAAUAUAAAAUAAAUCAACUUUCUUAUUUUGUGCUCUCUUUUCCACAUAGGCUCCUGUUACAAUAAAAGUACUGUAAAAUUCUAA